AACGUUUGGAGCGGGGGGAGCAGCAACAACAGUACACGGCAGGAAUCGCUGACAAUGUUGAACACCCUUGUAAUAUCACCAUUACUGUCGUUGGUCAACAUGGAGUCGGAAAGUCCUGUUUCGUCCGACAACUCAAACAAGAAUAUAUUCCGGAAGGCGGACCAGGCCCGACGGAUACCGCUGAUAUCUAUGUCAACUAUAUGGGCUACAACCCAGACACCGGUUUCCAACAGAAACUCGAUAUUGACGGAGAAAUUGUGACUAGUCGUCAGCGACUAAAACGGAUAAUAGAUCGAUACCGAGAAGACAAAAAGACCUCUGUACAACCGUCCUCAAGUGAUAGCCAAACGACACCAUUACCAACUAACGGCGCGGCUGCGUCAUCGGCUGCGUCAUCUGCUGCAAAUAGCACAGGUGUCAUACAGAAAUUGAAACGACUCUUCUUAAAAAUAUUCUCCAGAAAGAAAGCUACAGAGGAAGUUCAACAAGUGGACCUUUGUAGUGAACAGAGAAGCGUUAUAGGGGAGGUAAUGCGCACCGAUUUAGAUGACAGAGUUGAUGAAACGAAGGGCUACGUCACCAUCUACGACUUCGGAGGGGAGAAGGUGUUCUAUAACACGCAUCAUUGCUUUAUGUCAAGCAACAUGGUCUUUGUCCUGGUGUUUAACGUGGCUAUGUGUCUGGACCCCAGCACAGCAAAGGAUGGUUACGAAAGUAUUGAGUCCUGGUUGAGGUCUAUUGCUACGUAUGCAGUUGACAAAGCAGUACAGGGAACAGGAACGCCUCCCAUCAUUCUUGUUGGAUCUCACUUGGACAGCGUGUCUGAAAACAAUGAAGAACAGCAAAAACUAUUUGACUCUGUGCUAGAAAAGCUUUGGGAGAAACCUGAAAUCCGUGACAUCAUGAAAAAACAUGUACAGGAAGAGUUUCCCGUUGCAAAGCUUAAUGAUUCCACGACAAAUCAAGACACGUACAAGCGAGUGUGGAAAAAAAUCAUAGAGAUUGCACCACUCCAAUCUCAGUGGAUGGAGGUCGUACCUGCGCGAUGGGUCGCCUUGGAACACGAGCUGGUGAGACUGAAGAAUACGGAGAAGUGUAUCCUGACAUAUGCAGAAUUGUUAGAAAUCAACAGCAAGUUGGCUGUGCCAUUAGCAGAAGAUGACGUCAUGAAAUUUCUGUUAAACCUGAAGUUUUCCGCAUCUUUCCUGUGUUUUGAUCUUCAUAGCAAGACACCGUUCAUCGUUCUUCAAGCACAAUGGAUAAUAGAUGCAUUCAAAGCCAUCAUCACAGAUCCAAAGUUCGCUACAAAAACACUGCCGGCGAAUCAGAGGCUUCAGUGGUCAGACUAUGAAAGAUCCGGUAUUUUACCAGAUGACUUCAUUAAACAACUUUGGGGGCGAUACGAGAAAUACCGAUUUUUAGAACAGGGAGACAAACUGUGCAUUGUAAUGGAAACUCUUGGUUUACUAUCCAGACCAUUGUCGGUAGGUAAUGAGGUGGAGUACUUUAUAGUGCCUAGUAUUCUCCAAGCAGCAGAUCCCGAGAUAAUUCGUCCGGUACUUGAUGAUCCAGACACUGUCAAAACUGUCGCUCUUUGCCUAAAGUUCGACAAUCCAUUCAUCCAACAGGCCUUGUGGGACAAACUGAUUGCCGCCUGCAUUCACAGGUUUGAACGAUUAAAAGGGUCAGGGCUUGACGGUUCAAAGAUCAUCCAGCGUGGAUUUGCCUGUCUGCAAGUUGAUUUCCUAUGGAAUAUGAUCAUCAACUGCAAGGACAAUGCUAUGAAAGUGGUCAUGUUCAGGAAGAGUAGGGAUCGCAAACAACCGCUGGCAGGAACCGGAAUCAACCUCCGCAAAGUGUUUGAAAUUCUUCUCAAUAGAAUUCUUGAGAUGAAUUAUCAAAGUCACUUAAAGUACCAAUUCUACCUCCAUAACGACUACCAAUUUGCACCUUAUGAGACAAUGGUGAAGGAAGAACAUCUCCAGCAAACCACCGAAAGUCUGCAAUGCGGCGGUAAAAAUGGGCCUGGAUGGAUAGACAGAGAUGAUCUCUACAUUUGGUUCGAGAUGAAGAGGACUGAUGACCGUCGUUUUGAUAAAACAACGAAACAGUUGUCUCCCAAAGAGAUGGGAAGGAUCUCCAGAUACGUCGGGGAAGCAUACUACACGUUCUUUAUCGAACUGGAUUGUCCGGUAGAGAUCAUGGAACAGGAAAUGAAAGAGCACCACCAUCUCGCGUUUAGAUCCCGCAUCACGAAGAUCUUCUUGCAUCUUCUCAAAAUAAAGAAGGAUGUAUCUUUCGCGACUAUAGCUGAUGCCAUGUCAAAACACGGGAUGGAUCCUACAAAACUCAGUAACAUUAUUGACUCUCAGAGCAACGUGAAAAACUCUUAUGGUGACACGUUACCUACAAAAUGGUUGCAGCAGUGCCUUUCUGUUAACGAUGCUAAAAGCAUUGCCGAAUGGGUAGACAUUAAGGCAUAUUUUAAUAUGUUCCUGGAGCUGGGUUUCCCACCCGCAAAGGUGGAUGAUUUCGACGACCAAUACAGGAACGAGAAAACCCGGGUGAAGGUCACUGCCAUGCUUGAAGCGUUCAUUUGUGAGAUCAAGCCCUGCCCAACUGUGAACAAAAUUCUUCUGGCGAUGCAAGAAUGCGAUAUGGACACCGAACCUGUCAUCAAUGCAUUUAAACAAAGAUUAAAGAAGUAUUCAUUGACGAAAGAGUGACGUGUGAAUGACGCACUUUGUCACGGAUAAAGAUGGACCAGAUGCAGUAAGACGUAUAUAGACAGUAAAGAUGAGGAUGAACCUAUUUGCUUUAUUAGGACACUUACGUUAUAGUAAAUGUAUGCAUUUAGAUGUGCGCUCAAAUACAGAAGAACUGUGUACCGUAAUGUAAUUGAUAACAAUAUGAUAUGCAGAUUCAUGGUACCAACGAGAGAAAAAGACAAAGACAGAGAUAGAGAGAGACAGAGAUAGAGAGAGACAGAGACAUGAUUAUUAAAUUUCAAAAUAUUUAUUUCAUUUAGAAAAAUCCUUAUUCAUGUAAAGUGUGUUCAUCAUAUGUUUCCAUUUAUGUGAGUGAUAUUGCUAUCGCAUUUAAAGAUAUCUCAUUGUAUGUAAUGAUAUUAUUUGAUUAUAGCCUUUGGCUGAGGUCGAUACCUGGAUUUAUCGACUCGCGAAAAGAUAUAUGGACAGAGGACGCAGUCCAAGGUCUAUAUAUCUUUUCUCGAGUCGAUAAGUCCAGGUAUUGACC